AUGACUCGGAUUUUCCGUCGCGUCGGAGGUUUUUUUUUCUCGGCGGGCGGGGACGUCGCGCGCGGCAUUGACACCGCGCGCCGCGUCGCCCGCGCCGCGUCCGUCCCCAACCCCCCCCCCCCCCUCGCGUCCUCGCGCACACGACAUGGCAUCGCUCGCGUGCGUCGCCGCGCGCGUCGUGCGCCUCGAUCGCAGCCGCGCGCGCCGCCCGCGCGUCGCGCGCGCGUCGCGACCGUCGCCGCGUCCGACGCGACGGCGCCGCGGAGAAGAAGAAGAGAAGCGCCGGCGGACGCGGUCGCGCUCUCGCGCGCGUCCGCGACGACGACGACGACGACGACGACGACGACGACGCUCGUCGCGGCGGGCGCGAACCUUCUCUUCGCCGGCGCGGCGCUCGCGGACGACGGCGGCGGCGGCGUCAACCCGCUCGCGUUCCUCGCGAUCGUCGUCCCGCUCGCCGCGUUCGCGUUCGUGAAGGGCAGCGAGGGCGGCGGCGGCGGCGGAGGAGGAGGAGGUGGAGGAGGAGGCGGAGAUGAUGGAGGCGCGCGGGAGCGAUCGCAAAAGUCGGUCGACUCGGAAAACUACCAGAAGAACCUGACGAUCGCGGGCGGCGAGCGAACGCGAAAGGGACGGAAACCGCCGAAGCCGAAGGGGCUGUGA